UGUAUGUGCUUUCUUUCAUCGGAACGAAACAUUUUAGACAAAUAGUUAUUUAUACCCGGUAGUUUUUUCGAACAGUAAUAAAAAUUCGCAUUUUUUUUUUCUGUAUUUUUCUCGCUGUAUCUUUACUCGUACAGCGAACGACUUGUCGGAUCGCUACAGACAUCAGUUGACUCUAAAAACAAUCACGCGCAAAAGUCUCUUUCUUCCGUAUUGUACUCCAUUGUACUUUCUACACCGUUUCCCUUUAAACAUUUUGCACUUCCAGGCGCGAAAAUACAAUUGCAUUAUAUAUACUUCUUCAAUGGAAGCGAAUGAAACGCAGCAGGUGUAAAUAAAUGAAAGAGACUCAAACAGAAUUCACUUAUCAAGCUGUGUUUUUAUCUCGUUGGUAUUUUAUUUGUGAUCGGAACGCAAGCAAAUCUCCGUACAGUCUUCGAAAAUAUGAGUGUCACGUUGCAUACGGAUGUCGGUGACAUUAAGAUAGAGCUGUUUUGUGAGAUGUGUCCAAAAACCUGCGAGAAUUUUCUUGCACUCUGCGCCAGUGGAUAUUAUAACAAUUGUUUAUUUCACCGAAACAUAAAAGGUUUUAUUGUACAAACUGGAGAUCCAACUAAUACAGGUAAAGGUGGAACCUCUAUAUGGAAUCGAAAAUUUGAGGAUGAAUUCAAGGAAGAGCUCAAGCACAACACAAGAGGUCUUGUUUCUAUGGCCAAUAACGGUCCUAAUACGAAUGGAAGUCAAUUUUUCAUAACUUAUGCACCACAGUCUCAUUUGGAUUUAAAAUAUACUCUGUUUGGAAAAGUAAUUGACGGUAUGGAGACUCUGGAACAAUUGGAAAAACUGCCAGUAAACCCCAAGAAUUAUAAGCCACUUGCCGAAAUUAGGAUAAACAAUGUUACUAUACACGCUAAUCCAUUAGCAGGAUAAAAUUGGGAUCAGAUUUUGCUAUUUGACAUAAUAAAAAAAUAUUCUUAAGUCAGAAGAAACAGUGAUAAUUAAUUUUACAUUGUAUAUACACCUAACAUCCUCUUGUUAUCUGGAUCAAAUGGACUCUGAAGAUAUAUCUUAGCGGGA